AUGUUGGAAUCCGUCAAUCAACAAUGGUUGGAUCGUGUGGAAGAUUUAUCAGCUGCAAACAAAAAACGAGAAAAGGAAAGAUACUUCGCAAUUAUCAUUCAGAAAGGUAUUUUUGAUCUUAUAACUACUUCAAAGAGAAACGUCUCAACUUUGGAAUUACAUAUUAAGGAUGUCGAGACCGCACUCAAUGAAAUGCUUAGGGAGGAAAGAAGAAAUGAAAUAACACCACGGACAUCAUCCACGGCAGCGCCUUUGCUUACCAAAUUGAAUUAUCUAAUAUUAAGUCCAAAGGAGGGUGCAUUAUUAGCCGUAAAAGGAUUUGACAUUGUGCCAAAAAACUACUCUGUUCUCUAUGAAAAGAACGAUAAAGAAUGGAAGACAACUAUUGAUGCGAUGGAGAGGAUCCCAAGACAGUUAGAAGCCUUAGGUGGCAAUCUGGAGCAUCCAAGUAUCGAGAGUAUCAUGGAAACUGUGGUCAAACCAACCAAACCAGCUGAGCUGAAGCAGAAUCCCGAACGAAGGAAGGCUAGAAGACCAUGCAUAUUUUGCAACAAGGACCAUUGGAAUAAUAAAUGGAAACCGACAGGACAAACAAAUUUUACUCUUAUUAAAGAAAUAAACGUAGUCAAUCCGAAUCACCCAGAAUUGCAACAAAGGGCGUUGGUGCUAUUUGGCAUUGGUUCUCAACUAACGCUUAUGUCUAAGCGAUUGGCAAAACGAUUGAAUCUUCAAGGUACCGAUGAAAAGGAAUUAAAAUUUGCUUCGUUUGGUAGCAAGAUACCACAAACAUGUCUUACUACCAAGAUCGAAAUCGGAGUCAAAAUUUCGAAAGGGUGA